AUGCAUAAUGUCUUAGGGCUGUCGGCGCCGAAGAAUACCAGUAACUCCAAUGCUCCCUGGCUUCAGGUGCAUUUGAUCCUAGCAGCCAUUGCGAUCUUGAAGAGGUUCCGCCCACGACUCUCCUCGGUCCUUUUCCUGACAGCCAACGUGUGCGUCAAAUAUGGAAGAUUCCAACACCUCUCUGAAGCCGCUGCCAUGCAAUACGUCGCUGCCAACACGAGUGUCCCUGUUCCGAAGGUAUAUUGCGCUUUCGAGCGCAAGGGCGUGACGUACAUUGUAAUGUCACGUCUACAGGGCUCGCCGAUUGGGCACAGAUGGGAGCAUCGCUCUGAAGAGGCCAAGGCUCGGCUACUCAAGCAGUUGAGGGAAUACGUAGAAGAGAUGCGGUCCCUCCGGCCUGCAAGAGAAGUUGGCGUGGAGGGAGUGGAUGGUGGCAAGCUGUAUGACGUUCGCCUCUCUGGCGGUGUAAAUGGGGUUGGGCCGUUCAAAUCGAUACACGAUUUCCAUUCUUUCCUAAGAGAUGGCGUUGAAUUCUCGCAGGAACAACUGCCAGAGGUCAACGAGCUGGUCGAAAGACACACCAAAGCUCGGUAUGAUUUGCGUUUCACGCAUGGCGACCUGAACAGUAUGAACAUUCUCGUCAAAGAAGAUGACAUUGUUGGUAUCGUUGACUGGGAUACGUGCGGUUGGUUUCCGGAGUAUUGGGAAUAUACCACUGCCAGAAACGUCAAUCCGUUCAACGAGUUUUGGAAGGACGAGAUACCUAAGUUUUUGGAUGAAUACCCAGACGCCGCUUACAUGGAGGCGAUUCGCCAACAGCAUUUCGGCGCGUUUUGA